AUGGAUGUGCACGACCUUUCUCCCUACACAAAGCUCAAUAUUACCGGGUUAAUGAACAGGUUCGUUUUGCUGCUGUACCGGCAGCUUCUGCGAGGAUGUAGAGAAUUUGUGAACGAAUACGGCACUGGCAAUUCUAUCGCAACACCCGCAGAGUUUACACCCCGCAAAGGACAUCUUGACCCACAACUCCCUGACUCACCCAUCAUACGAGCAGUCGAUUAUCAACGGGUCACUCGGCGAGCCAACUUAUUUCAUUAA